AGAAAGUGACGGACGCUUUGACCCCAAAUUUCUAUAGAGUGCAGCAAAGCUUUAGUUGUGCUCCGGCGAUGACAUUUUACAUGUCAAAAACCUUACUCUCAAGUAUACAAAAAUAUAUAUUUUUUUCUGUGCUAUGUUAAUGAGACAGUAAUAAAUGCUGCACUUUUUCUUAAAGGCAUUUUAUUAUUUUUUUUUGCAAAUUUUUGACAUCACUGAAUUUACAGAGAAGUUUGUUUUUUGAAGAAGACAAUUUUGAAAAGUUCUCUUUUGCAUUAUGAGAAUAAAAACCUUUUUUUUUUUUUCUGAUCUGGUUUUAAAAAUAAAAAUAAUCAUUGGCUUGCAUUUUCAGCUGUACUUGAUAUUCAAACACACACAGUCCCCCUAAUUGCAAGCUGAACAAAUAGUGUUAUACAGACGAAAACUACAAAUGUGAAAUCACGCAGUUACCAACUGAGAAGCCCAGAAGUGCGCAGUACUCAGUAAAUUAUGGUGCUUUAUGUCCAAGGGCUUCUUUGCUACCGGGGAUCCACUUCAGUUUCUGCUGACAGCUAAGCACUAGGGUAUUGACUGUGUUGUGAAUAUUAAGAUUGAUUCUGCUUUAUAUUGCAUUAUAUUACCAGGGAUAAGGGGAAUGAUCCCCCCUUCUGCCCUCCCUCCCCCCGUGCCUGUGUUUUGCCUCGAUCAGUUCACAGUCCCUUCCUGUCCUUCUUGGUUUGUGUUUGUUUUCUGUCUUUCUCUAAACUUUCUGCCUGUCCUGCUCCAGAGCUAGCCAAGCAACCUGCCCUCGAUGUUCAGACAUUUUGCAGCAGGCAAAUUUCAAUUAAGAAGGCAGGCGUAGGUCCUGCGAUCACGUUAUUUGCACAGGGCUUAGCCUCGCUGUUUUGAAAGGAAAGUAUAGUCAAGCACAUGUCAGAGGUGAGUUAAGGAAAAAAAAAACACAAGUCUUUUCAGAAGCGGGGAUUACUGGCAGAGGGGGGUUUGGUGAGGCCACUGCUGUUUCAGAAGCGAGAGGGAACCUGACAGGAGAUCUGGGGAUUUGAAAUGUUUUUGGGUGUUUCGGUGAAAUGUGCGAGUUGAGAAAAAUCCUGCCUUUGUGCUCCAAGUAGUCGAGCCAAGUUUGCAAGUUAUCUCUUUGGUAAAAUAGCUGAGAACCAACAAAGAGCGAAGAUGUCUGUCUGCCCAAAGGCAGGAUCCUGCCAGCCCCAGCAGCACAGGAGAGACAGGAUUAAUGCACCGAGUGAUUGAUGGAGAUGAAUCCACACCCCCACCAAAAACUGCUCCCGCAGGGGGACGUUCACUCAGGGUCUCCCAGUUGAGUUGAAAUGUCUGUACAGACUUCGGUCGGUGUGCUUCAGCACAGAUAACGUGAAAAUAAAUUCUAGCUUAUUUUCUAUAAACUGCUUUCAUAGGAAACAGCUCGAACAAUUCUGACCUGGAAGGGUAAACAGUCCGAGAUGCAAUUAGAGCCGAGGCUUCCCCCUCCCCCCAUUGCUCUGCAUUGUCUUGUGGUCCAAGUACUUAAAUCUGGCUGCAACUGAGGCAUGCUCUGGAAUUUAAUUCUUUUUAAUCAGAACCAAAGUUUACCUUGGUGCUGGCAGUGGGAAUUACCGUGAUGGCUUUCCCGCUACCUUCUGUGAGAAGGAAGAGAGGUUUGAGCAUCCGAGGAGCCCAGGAGGAAGACCCUCCCGAUCCCCAGCUAAUGAGACUAGACAAUAUGCUUCUGGCAGAAGGAGUCUCAGGUCCGGAGAAAGGUGGGGGAUCGGCAGCAGCAGCUGCAGCCGCAGCAGCCUCUGGAGGGUCUUCAGAUAACUCUAUUGAACACUCAGAUUACAGAGCCAAAUUGACCCAGAUCAGACAAAUCUAUCACACAGAGCUGGAGAAAUAUGAACAGGCAUGUAAUGAAUUUACCACACAUGUGAUGAACCUUCUCAGAGAACAGAGUCGGACACGUCCCAUUUCUCCCAAGGAGAUUGAAAGGAUGGUGGGCAUCAUUCAUCGAAAAUUCAGCUCCAUCCAGAUGCAGCUCAAACAAAGUACUUGUGAAGCGGUCAUGAUUUUAAGGUCAAGGUUCCUUGAUGCCAGGCGGAAAAGGCGCAACUUCAGUAAACAAGCCACAGAAAUCUUGAAUGAGUAUUUUUACUCCCACCUCAGUAACCCUUACCCCAGUGAAGAAGCCAAAGAAGAGCUGGCAAAGAAAUGCAGCAUCACAGUAUCGCAGGUGUCCAACUGGUUUGGAAACAAGAGAAUCAGGUACAAGAAGAACAUCGGGAAGUUCCAGGAAGAAGCCAACCUUUACGCGGCAAAGACGGCUGUGACCGCAGCACACGCCGUGGCCGCGGCUGUCCAGAACAACCAGACAAACUCCCCCACCACACCAAACUCUGGUUCUUCUGGUUCUUUUAACCUCCCAAAUUCUGGGGACAUGUUCAUGAACAUGCAGAGUCUGAAUGGGGAUUCUUACCAGGGGUCCCAAGUCGGAGCCAAUGUGCAGUCACAGGUGGAUACCCUGCGUCAUGUUAUCAAUCAGACGGGAGGAUACAAUGAUGGCUUGGGAGGAAAUUCACUGUACAGUCCACAUAAUUUAAAUGCUAAUGGAGGCUGGCAGGACGCAACUACUCCAUCUUCUGUGACUUCCCCUACAGAAGGGCCGGGAAGUGUGCACUCUGAUACCUCUAACUAAUCUCCUAGCAACACUUUUUCCCUGAGCUGAGAUGCCUUGAUUAGCGCAUUCAGAGUCACAGGAGAAAAAGGAAAGAUUUUUUUUUGUAGCCAACCACCUACAGCUUUACUGUAAAACCUUGUCUUAUUAGGAAACUUGGUAAAUCUGUUUUUUAAAGGUAUCAUAAUCAUUUGUAUUUAUACUUAAAACACACAAUGUUAAAAAGCACUUUAUCCAAUUAGGCCAAGAUUUAGCAUUGUUUAUAGCCCUGUAACUAUUUUAUCAUAAUUUAUUAUCAACAGUUUUAACAAUAUUCGUCUAACAGUUGCCAAUUACUUGGCCUUAAGGGUAAAAGUACAGUACAAGUUUAACCUCAAUAGCAAGAGCAAACGCAAAGAAACACCUCACCUAAAUUUAACUUCUUGCAUAUUUCCAUGGAAAGUCUAAAUGAAUUACAGACUUUGAUUGUGUUUAAUCUUUUCAUAUCUCUUAUAGAGUUGGAAUAAAAGAACUGUUCGGUCAUUUCAGUUAACAACGGUUGUGUUUAAGAAUCAUAUUCAUCACAUUUUUGUUGUGAUCUAUUGUUUUAUAAAUUAGAUUGGAUACCAGGAGCAUCUUUUCUUGCUAAAAACACCGGGAGUCUACUCUCUGUAUUUCAACAAUGGACGUAGGUUGUUCUUAAGAGAUGAAGAUACUUGCUGCUUAUUUCUGUGAAAGCCAAGGUCUGGGGUUUUACAGUACGAGCUAGGUGCUGCACAUGCUUGCCAAGAUUUGUUACUUCUUCUUGGCAACAAAGCAAAUUAAAAAAAAAAAAAAAAAGGAAAAAAGCAAAGGAAAAAAAAGCACCAUUAUAUGGAGUGUUGUAUAUAGUGUAGCAAAAGAGUAUUUAUACAUCUCACCAAUCAAAACACAGCUUUAUUACCUCAUGCGAACUCAUACAAACCAAUAGACUUUCAACAUGUUCUGUAGCUUAGAGUGCUCACUUACUACCUCUGAACGAUACUCACGCUGUAGUUUGUCUCUUUCUUAUCUUUUUGCAUCUUGUAAUUAACUCUUUGUUUCCCUCAUGAAAUGUAAUGUACAUUGUAAUCUUUUAAAAGAAUCAGGGUUGCAUUUGCAACUUUUAAAAAAGCUAAAGUGGAAACAUUGGGUCUUAGGUUUAACACAAAACAGUAAAACUGUUGUAAAUACUGAGAAACAUUUUGAAUGUUCUUCAUCUUGUUACUAAUCCACGCAAAAAAUACAACUAAUUGUAAUGCAUACAGACUUCAGUAUUCAGUACUGUAUAUUCCACCCUGUGUAACAGGGCGCCCUUUCUUUCUCUCUUUUGUAUUGUAUGCGAUUCUGAAACUGAUUGAGUCAUGAAAAUAAUUUGUGGCAGUGAUUCUAAUGUAUUAAAACGUUUCGUGUUACUUUCUAACUGGAUUACACCCUGGAUUGAAAAGUCUUCCUCGUGGUAGUUAUAUGUAGUUUCAAACAUGAAUAAACUUUUUGCUUUCAUGAUCAAAUGUUGAUGCAAUUUCUUCCUGCUCAGUUUAAGUCAGACCUAGAAGCUAAAGGCAGCUAGCAAGUGUACAAGCUGCCGUAAAGCAGGAGCUAAGCAUUUCUUUAAAUACAAGUAGCUAGUUGUGCCCUCUCGCCCAGAGAUUUGGAGUGUGUUCUGACAGCGAGCAAGAGCCUGCUGGGCAAAGGCUUCAUAACCCCAGGUUCCCCCCAUCCCUAGCCUCCAUUUCCACGCUGCUCUGCUCAGGAGCAAAAAUCCAAGUGGAGGCUAAGGAAAGGGUCAGUUCUUUAGAUAAAUUUAAAUCCCAUCAUCAUAUUCACUCUUAAUCACCAUUUUUAUUUAACAUUAACUUUGAAACUACAACCUCAGCUAGCAAGUAUAAUUUGAUUAUAAAAAUAUUUUUCUUUAUUAAAAAAACUUUUUUGGAAGGACAUAUAUAUAUAAAUGCUAAUUUUAAAUCUUUUUAAUAAAGUAAAGGUCAAUAACAGGUAAUAGCCUAUUUACCAUAUCUCAAGGAAAUUGACUCACAGGAAAUCAAAUUAACGUUAAUCACUUGCAGCAAAUGGUCUUUGAUAAAUAUAACUACUUACUCCUUCGGUUAGCGCAGCUAGGCAGGAGGAGGGCUAGCUGUCACUGCUGCCAGCCUGCGCGAGGCAGUCCGGGCGAUGCUCCACAGGAGUUGCCUGCUCAUCACGUUGCCUUUACAGUCAGCUGCUCAAGCCUUUAGGUAUUGUUUUGGUGGCUAAACAAUUAUUUGCAUGAUUCAAUUAGCUUGUGGGUCAGCUUUUCUUACCAACAAUUCUUGUAUCAGGUUAUUUUGUAAAGUAUUUUGUUCACCUGCUCCCACCCCCAGUACUACAGCCACACUCACCUCCCUCCGUAUCCCACAUGCCCUUGAGCACCAAUUAUUGCUUCUGCUUUUGUUUGUCGAGCAGACACAACUUCUCGAUCAGUUUUAGAAUUGAACGUUGCUUCUUUCACUACCGGUGAUGCAUUUAAAUAAAUAAGUAAAUAAACAAACACGCGUUGCAAAGCCUUCACUGCCAGUUAUAGGAGUUGGGGCAUGCAGGGACUGUGGACUUCCGAAGACUUCUGUGCACAGACGACAAAGAACAGAAUGCUUUGCAUUUGCCAUUGGAGUUCUCUAAGUCCACACGCUCUGUGUUUAUGCUCCAGCUCAAUGGAAACAGUAUUUUAAAUGUAAAGUGUGUCAGUGGAGGCGUAGGCAGCAUAAUGAACACACAGACGUCCCUCAUCUUGAUCACAUCUCUGCUGGCCACAGGCAAGGACCUGUCAUGCACUGAGGAGGUUCAUAGGAAGGCCAUCAACAACCUUUGGGCCGCACUUGCAUGCCCUGCGCCCGCUGGGCAUCAUUAGCGUGCUUCUUUACAGCAUUAAGGCUUUGGGUCCCUUUGAAUUACAAGUGCAAUUUGGCCUUUCCUUACAUUGGAGAACAGCCACGUGGUUACAUGGCAAAUAAUAAACAUCUUGUCCUUGAGGCUUGAUCACACAUCAGAAAGGUUUACUGCAAGCACCAGUGUUAAGAUCAGUGCUGUUGAUGGUAUUGUGUUUUACCCAGUGGCUAUGCUUGGAAGGGCUGUCCGAGCGUCUCCAAGCAGCAGCGGCUGGAGUAGGGACCCCUCCAGCACGCAGCCCGGCCGGCUCGCCCCGCGGGACCUCUGUCACCACUCCACAUGCCCUCCACAGCAUCUUGGCUGGGGGAGGAGACCCCCUUCCCUCCUGCCCAUGGGACUCUUCGGUGGCGCAACCCAAAUCCCCACAUCCAGGUUUUGAGCUGUCGGCACGUGUGAGCGUCACUGCCAGCAGAGCCGCCGGAGCCCCAUGCCACCAGCGCGCAGUGGUGGCGGAGGAGCGCAGCCCACCGUCCCCAUGCCCGUGGCCAUCCUUCCACCUGCCGCAGCGUGCCAGCCCGGACCCCUUGGAGCACAGUGGGACCAGCUGGGGAUUUGCAGUGGCUCCCAGGAACUCCAGCGGCGUUGUGAUGAAGGUGUGCCACUGUCACCGUUGUGCUGCUGUACCUCACGGAGCUGUGCCAGGCCCGCGGGGAGACCCCCGGUCCCAUCCCUGUGCUCCCUCUGUGUGGCUGUACCAGCCCCCAUGCCCAUCCCCAAACCCAGCCCCAUCUGAGUCGCUCCACAGCAGGGCCGGGCCGGGGGCUGUGGCACUGCCACCACAGCGAGGAGCAGCUGGGGGCCGGGGUGCCCGCAGGAGGACACAACGCCCGUGCGCACACCCACGGCACACGGCGCUCCGGCCAGCAUCCCCGGGAGCAGCCCCUGCACACCUCUCGCACUCAGCCUGAGGAACUGAGAGCCAAGGCCCUCCUGUGGCAGAGGCAAAGCAGGCGACGGAUGACCUCCUCCCGGCAUUCAGACACCGAGCUCUUCGUGACGUAUCUGGCCUUGGAUGUGAUGAAGGAUCCUUGGUGCAGGAAGGGAAGAGUCAGGGAAGCUGAGGCCUUCUGGCCAGGCAAAGUCCUCGGAACUGGUUAAACGGGGGCAGCUCUGCUGAUGGGUGAACUGGGCGUGAAGUGCGCUGGGCCGAAUGACUCUGUUACCCUGUACGGAUGUCUUUUGCAAAGACUACGCAAGAGUCGGAUGUACGAUGCUGAUGCUAAUAUCUGUGCCAUGUAUUUCCAAUGUGAUAAAAACAACUCCAAGUAACUGAAGAUGUUUCCAGUUUGUGUUAAUAAAAUACAUCUUUUUUAAAGAA